GUACCGUGCACUUCCCGCACACUGUAGUGUUGGUGGAUCAAAUGCCUGCGCUCUUGCACUUGACCCUAGUGGGCGGUGCAAACAAAUUUUAGAGACCAGAAAGCCCCUAAACCUCAAGCACAACUUUCAGAAGGCGCUUUUUAAAGGUCUCGUCACCAAAGAUCUUCGCGAGGUGUCAUUUAUGCAGAUAUGCACAAACUGAGAGACGCAGAGCAGUCGGUGUGAGGAAGUCUGUUUUUCUCUCUACUGUUCGGCUGUAUCUCAUGUCACGGACGCCUCAGUCUGUCGUCUAAUCAUCUGGACAUGAACGUCCUUCAAGAGUCCUGCUGCUCCAUCUUAGGAGUCCUCCUGGUUUUCCUUCUCCAAGGCUCAUGUUCUGAUCCAGAUACAGAUGUUGUGCGUAAAGCUGUUGGAGACUCACUGGAAUUAAUCGCUGAUUAUCCAAAAGAUGAUCUUGAAGUGCUGUGGAAAUAUAAUGAGACUAUAUUUGCUGAGUAUCGAAAUAGAGAUUUUCAAAAAGCAAAAUCUGUAUUAUUUAAUGAAAGGUUAAAGAUGUAUAAGGACAAUAUUAGUGUAAGAGUAACAGACCUUAGACUUCAGGAUUCUGGAAGAUUCUCUAUUGUUGGAGAAGGAAAAUAUAAACAAUAUAACUCAAAAUUAAUUGACCUUCAUGUUCAUGAGCUCGUCAGAGAUGUUCAGAUUGAGUUCAGUGAGUCCUGGCUGCAAUCAAAAAACAUCUGCGUGUUUGAUCUUCAGUGUCUGUCGUCCGGUGAUCCCAAGCCCUCCUACAGCUGGAGCGCUCCUCAGAUCCAGACUCGAGGAGCUCACCUGAACAUCAGCCUCCGUCCAGCAGAAAACACCACCCUCACCUGCACAGCCAACAACUCCUACAGCGCCAACCACACGACUCGGACUCUAGUGUGCACAGAGAGAGAUGAAGAUUCAAGUGUGUUCCCAGAGCAAAAUGCAGGUUUUCCUCUGGAGUAUUUGCUGAUUGCGGUUGGCGUCGGUGUCGGUGUCGUUGUUGUGGUCAUAUUCAGUACAACGCUCGCCGUGUGCUGCAGGAGGAGGAACAUUAAAGAAAAAGGAGAAAGUGAGGCUGGCAUUACAGUCUAUGAAGACGUGAACAUUGAUGGCCCGGCAAAGAAACGCUCUGAAAGUGUUGCAAACGGGAUGUCCAUUUAUGAAACGGUAAAAGACACAAAACCCUCACAGAACUUGCCUCAAACACUGUAUGACAAAAUCAACUACCAGCGCCACCCUGCGGUCAGCACCAGCGCCGGCACUUCCUGCUCUUUCCAGGAAGUCUUGAUUGGUCCUCCAUAAGUGAGACACAAAAAGGUGGUUCGUGUUGUUAUCUCUGGAUUGGAUGAACCAGUCUCCCGAAUGUAUUGUUGGCUACUUCGGUUGACCUUUGAACUCUUGCAUUAACUGUGCUGUGUAUUACAUGUAUCACGUUAAAAUACGUUUUUUAUAAACAGGAUCAUUUUAUUCUAUUUUUUUUUUUUUUUCACAAUGCAACAAUAUUACAUCAUGCACACUAUCAUUCAGAAGUGUGGGCUCAACUAAAUUCUCUAAAUAUGCUCAGCAAGGCUUAACAGUUAAAACAGUGAAAUAUGAAAAUAUUAUGAACUUUCUAUGUGAAUAUAUUGUGAAAUGUAAUUUAUUUUUGUGAUCAAAGCUGAAUAAACCUAAUUACUGGUUACUGUCAAACAGUAACAGUUCAUAUUUAUUGGAAACUUUGAUGCUUAUUAUUUUUCAUGAUUAUCUGAUAACUAGAAAGUUGAAUAGAACAGCAUUUAUAGAAAUCUUUUGUGUCAUUAUAAAAUUUAUUUACUGCUACUUUUAAUCAGUUUAAUGCAUCCUUG